AUGUCGUUACGACGACGAGUGCCGGUGCUUAUCAUCCUGAGCCUGAUGCUGGCAGCAGGAGCCUCCUGCAGCUAUGAACAAGAAGCACCGAUCGGACUUCCUGGAUGCCUUGACAAGUGCGGCAACAUCAGCGUGCCUUUCCCAUUCGGCAUGAACAGGGGCUGCUUUCGUCUAGGCUUUGAGGUUGAAUGCAACCAUACGUUCCAGCCGCCUCGCCUCUUCUUCGCAAAGGGGCCAUGGUCUCCAGGCAAUUACGGUCCUACCCAGGAGACUCGCGACUGGUACACCCUGGCAGGCCAGGAGAUACAAGAAAUUGAGCAGUUCUUGCCACUCGAGAUCCUAGGCAUAUCCCUCUCGGAAGGCCUUGUACGAACCCACGGCGACAUCAGCCUCGACUGCAGCAUCAACGAGACUUUCAUUUGGGUCAGGGGCCAGCAGACCUACCUGAGCGGGCCGUACCUCCUGUCGACUCGCAACGUCGCCACGGCCAUCGGCUGGAGCUUCGACGCCAAGCUCACGCAGUCGCUGCGCGGCUCGGGCUACAUGAAAUCGUGCAGCGUGCGGCUGGAGGCCUCGAACAUGGGACGGAACGGGUCUUGCUCGGGCGAAGGGUGCUGCGAGGUGACGGUGAAGGAGAACCUCAACUCCGUCUCCGUCUUCCUCGUGCAGACGUCCCCCUACCCGGGCAUCGAGCCCAACUCCUGCUCCUACGGCAUGGUGGCGGAGAGGGGCUGGUACAACUUCUCGACGCCGGACUUCCAUGGCUUCGCCUUGCUUCACAAGUACCCGCGGGGCGUCCCUCUGCUCGCGGACUUCGCCAUCAGGGAUGACCUUUGCCCACCGCAGGGACAGGGCCAUGCUUGUGUCAGCAGCAACAGCUUCUGCGUCAACGUAACCAACGGGCCGGGCUACAUCUGCAAGUGCCACCACGGGUACGACGGGAACCCUUACAUAUCGAAUGGAUGCCAAGACAUCGACGAGUGUGCUCUCCGAAUCAAGCAUCCUGAGCUUCAGGACAUAUAUCCUUGUUCGAGUGGUGGAAUCUGCAAGAAUACCCCAGGAGGCUAUGAUUGUCCAUGCAAAUCCGGAUUGAGAGGUGAUGGCAAAUCAGGAACAUGCACAGAGAAAUUUCCUCUACCUGCGAAGAUUGCUGUGGGUUCAAUACUUGGACUUCUUGUCGCCGCAUUCUUUGUGUUCCUUGUCCUUCUCCAGAAAGAGAGAAGGAAGAUGGAAGAUUUUUUUGUAAAAAAUGGAGGACCUACUCUUGAGAAGGCAAAAAUGAUAAAGAUUUACAAAAAAGAGGAUCUCAAGCCUAUCUUGAAAAGUAAUAAUUUUAUUGGAAAAGGUGGCUUUGGUGAAGUUUACAAAGGAUUUCUUGACAAUCAACUAGUUGCAGUAAAGAAGCCCAUUUUUAGUGGCAAUGUGACAGAUGUCGAGCAAUUUGCAAAUGAAGUCAUCAUCCAAUCUCAAGUGAUCCACAAGAACAUCGUCAGGCUCAUAGGUUGUUGCCUAGAAGUUGAUAUCCCAAUGCUGGUAUAUGAGUUCCUCUCCAAAGGUAGCCUCGAUGAUAUUCUUCAUGGAAGCAGCCAAGUUCCGUUAGAUUUGAAUGCACGUUUAAAUAUAGCUGCAGAGUCAGCAGAAGGCCUAGCUUACAUGCAUUCAAAAACCAGUAAUAUAAUCUUACAUGGUGAUGUUAAACCAGCCAAUAUACUAUUGGAUGAUAAUUUUGUACCAAAGAUAUCUGACUUUGGUAUAUCAAGGCUGAUUGCUGUAGAGAAACAGCAUACCAAUUCUGUCAUUGGUGACAUGAGUUACAUGGAUCCAGUAUAUCUGCAAACAGGCCUGUUAACUGAUAAGAGUGAUGUCUACUGUUUUGGAGUUGUGCUCUUGGAGCUUAUUAGCCGGAAAAAGGCCAGGCAUUCUGACAACAACAGCUUGGUUAAAGCUUUUCUUGAUGCUCACAAAACUCAGAAGGGGGCAACUGAGCUGUUUGACAAGGAAAUUUUAGAACCAAAAGAUUUGGAGUUUCUUAAUAAGAUCCUAGAUAUUGCUGUGGAAUGCCUAGAUCUUGAUGUGGAUAAAAGGCCAGAGAUGACAGAAGUAGCAGAGCGUCUUCUCAUGUUGAAGAGAUCUCGAAAUAAAUAAGAGUUACAA